CUAAUUCUAAUUCCUAUUCCCCAAACAUGCCCUUAAAAAGCAAUCCUUUCUCUUUAAAAUUAGGUUUUACUCUCUACUUUUCUUCCCUAAUCCCUAAAACUAUUCCCUUUGUUAUUUCAGCCUCCUUUCUUCUCACCCCGCUCGAAAGAGACUGGGUUGAGAGCUGAGAGUUGAGAGUUGAGACUUAGACUUGAUAUUCAUCCUUAAACCCUGAUUUCAAUCAACAAAUCUACCAUUUAAUCAACAAAUCAACCAAUCAAUCAAUCCGCCAUGGAUGCCGAGUUAAGUCAGAUCCAGCAAGCUCAAAUGGCGGCACUUCUUGGCCCUGACCCUGCUCCGUUCGAAACUCUCAUUUCCAGUCUCAUGUCUUCAUCCAAUGAACAACGAUCUCAGGCUGAAUUAGCCUUUAAUCUUUGCAAAGAAACUCAUCCAGAUUCGCUUACUCUAAAACUUGCUCAUUUGCUACAGUUUUCUCCUCACCCUGAAGUUCGUGCUAUGUCUACUAUCCUACUUCGUAAGCUUCUUACUCGCGAUUCGUAUCCUCAGUCAUCGUCAUCAUCCUCAUCUUCUUCGUCUUAUGUAUGGCCUCGUUUAUCCCCUGCUUCCCAAUCUUCAUUGAAAACUAUCCUUCUCGGCUGCCUUCAACGCGCAGAUGCCAGAACUAUCUCUAAGAAGUUGUGUGACACUAUUUCGGAACUUGCUUCCGGUAUUCUUCCUGAUAAUGGUUGGCCUGAACUUUUACCUUUUAUGUUUCAUUGUGUUUCUUCCGAUGAUUUCAAAUUGCAGGAGAGUGCUUUCUUGAUCUUUGCUCAGUUGUCUCAGUUCAUUGGUGAUGCUUUGGUCCCGCACAUUAAGGAGCUUCACGCAGUUUUUUUGAAUUGUCUCACCAAUUCACAGAAUUCUGAUGUUAGAAUUGCGGCGUUGAAUGCCGUUAUUAAUUUCAUCCAGUGCCUUGAAAGUUCUGGUGAUAGGGAUAGGUUUCAGGAUCUCUUGCCUGCGAUGAUGAAGACAUUGAAUGAGGCGUUGAAUACUUCUCAAGAGGCUACGGCUCAGGAGGCGCUUGAGUUGUUGAUUGAGUUGGCUGGCGCUGAGCCUAGGUUUUUGAGGAGACAGCUUGUGGAAGUGGUUGAGUCUAUGCUGCAAAUCGCUGAGGCUGAGCAAUUGGAAGAGGGAACAAGACAUUUGGCUGUUGAAUUUGUCAUUACCCUCGCCGAGGCAAGGGAACGCGCUCCUGGGAUGAUGAGGAAAUUGCCCCAGUUUAUCAGUAGAUUGUUUGAAAUACUGAUGAAGAUGUUGUUGGAUAUCGAGGAUGAUCCUGAUUGGCAUACUGCUGAAGUUGAAGCUGAGGAUGCUGGUGAGACUAGCAAUUACAGUGUUGGACAAGAGUGUCUGGAUCGAUUAUCAAUUGCUCUCGGUGGUAAUUCGAUUGUCCCGGUGGCAUCACAAUUGUUUCCUGCAUACUUAGCUGCUCCUGAGUGGCAGAAGCAUCAUGCUGCUCUUAUUGCACUUGCUCAAAUUGCUGAAGGUUGCUCAAAGGUGAUGAUCAAAAUCUUGGAACAAGUGGUGACCAUGGUUUUGAAUUCAUUUCAAGAUCCCCAUCCACGGGUACGAUGGGCGGCUAUCAAUGCAAUUGGGCAGUUGUCCACUGAUUUAGGACCGGAUUUACAGACACAAUAUCAUCAAAGCGUUCUUCCAGCACUAGCUGGUGCCAUGGAGGAUUUUCAAAAUCCUAGAGUACAGGCACAUGCUGCAUCAGCAGUUCUUAAUUUCAGCGAGAACUGCACUCCUGAUAUUUUGACUCCUUACAUGGAUGGGAUAGUGACCAAGUUGCUUGUUCUUCUACAGAAUGGCAAACAAUUGGUUCAAGAGGGAGCAUUGACUGCGUUGGCAUCUGUUGCUGAUUCUUCUCAGGAACAUUUCCAAAAAUACUAUGAUGCUGUCAUGCCUUACCUGAAAGUUAUCCUGGUGAAUGCAACAGACAAAUCUAACCGAAUGCUUAGAGCAAAAGCAAUGGAAUGCAUUAGUUUGGUCGGUAUGGCUGUUGGCAAGGAGAAAUUCCGGGAUGAUGCUAAACAGGUCAUGGAGGUGCUGAUGUCAUUACAAGGGUCCCAAAUGGAAUCUGAUGAUCCAACAACAAGUUACAUGCUACAGGCGUGGGCUAGACUUUGCAAAUGCCUGGGGCAAGAUUUCCUUCCUUAUAUGAGUGUUGUUAUGCCGCCUCUUCUUCAAUCAGCCCAACUCAAACCUGAUGUGACCAUAACAUCUGCUGAUUCUGAUAAUGAUAUUGAAGACUCCGAUGAUGAGAGUAUGGAAACUAUAACUCUUGGAGACAAGAGAAUAGGGAUCAAGACUAGUGUCUUGGAGGAGAAAGCAACUGCAUGCAACAUGCUAUGUUGUUAUGCAGAAGAAUUGAAGGAAGGAUUUUAUCCUUGGAUUGAUCAGGUGGCACCAAUUCUCGUCCCUCUCCUCAAAUUUUAUUUUCACGAAGAAGUACGAAGAGCUGCUGUUUCUGCUAUGCCAGAACUUUUGUUGUCUGCUAAACUAGCUGUAGAGAAAGGGCUUGCUCAAGGUCGUAAUGAGUCUUAUGUUAAGCAAUUGUCUGACUAUAUAGUACCAGCUUUGGUGGAGGCCCUACACAAGGAGCCUGAUAUUGAAAUUUGUGCUAGCAUGUUGGAUGCCUUGAAUGAGUGUACACAGGUUUCUGGAACCCUUUUGGAAGAAGGACAAGUCAAAGCCAUUGUGGAUGAAAUCAAGCAAGUUCUAACUGCUAGUUCUAGUAGAAAAAGAGAGAGAGCAGAGAGGACUAAAGCAGAGGAUUUUGACGCUGAAGAAGGAGAGCUACUGAAGGAGGAAAAUGAACAAGAGGAGGAACUGUUUGAACAAGUAGGUGAUUUAUUGGGAACAUUAAUCAAAACAUUCAAGGCUGCCUUUUUACCCUUCUUUGAUGAACUCACAUCAUAUGUGACACCUAUGUGGGGGAAAGAUAAAACAGCUGGCGAAAGAAGGGUAGCAAUUUGUAUUUUUGAUGAUGUUGCUGAGCAGUGUCGUGAAGCUGCGCUCAAAUAUUAUGACACAUACUUGCCUUUCUUGUUUGAAGCCUGCAAUGAUGAAGAUGCUGACGUCAGACAGGCUGCUGUAUAUGGACUUGGUGUGUGCGCAGAGUAUGGUGGCCCCGUAUUUAAGCCACUUGUGGGGGAGGCUCUCUCAAGACUGAAUGUUGUUAUCUUGCAUCCUCAAGCCCGUAAUUCUGAAAAUGUAAUGGCAUAUGAUAAUGCCGUGUCAGCUCUGGGAAAGAUUUGUCAAUUUCAUCGGGACAGUAUUGAUUCAUCCCAGGUUGUUCCUGCCUGGCUAAACUGUUUACCCAUUAGAGGAGACUUUAUAGAGGCCAAAAUUGUCCAUGAUCAGCUCUGCUGUAUGGUUGAAAGGUCUGAUGCAGAAGUCUUGGGGCCCAACAAUCAAUAUAUACCUAAGAUAAUCAUGGUUUUUGCUGAGGUUCUCUGCGCUGGUAAAGAUUUGGCAACAGAACAAACAGCAGGCAGAAUGGUCACGUUGUUGAAGCAUCUACAGCAGACUAUGCCACCUGCUGCAUUUGCUUCAAUACUGUCGUCAUUGCAACCACAGCAACAACUUACGUUGCAGUCCAUCCUUUCAACCUAGUUUUACAUCACAACCUUACCCAUCAUUUCCCAUGCAGUUAUUCGUUGCAUAUUCUUUGUCACAAUGCAUCAGAUCUUUAUUCAAUUAUUCAUGUUACGAUUUCUCAGGCAUCCCUCAGUGGUCGAGGGUCCUGAAGAAAGCUCCUAUAGAUAUGAAAGCAUAGCUAUAGUUGCUGUAUAGUGAAAGCUAAAGAGAGUAUACACAUGAUAUUAGUCUUGGACUUGUGAAGUUUCGGAGUUCAUGUUUCAUCGAGAUGUUUCAAGAAUCCGUAUUGGAUGUGAUUCUUGAGAUGCAGUUUUGGCCAGCAAAUUACUUGCAUAAACACUAUUUAUUUUCUUGUUCAAAAUGUAUUCUUUUUUUUGGAUGUGAUUGUUUUUGAAAUGAAUGAAUAAUAGUGUCUGCAAGGAAAUAGUUUACUAUUGAUUGCAGUCUCAAGUUUUGGGUGUGGUCUCUGUUGCUCUUGUCCUGCAUCAAAGACACCAUGUUGGUUGUUGGAGCUUUUAUGUCAUUGCUCAUAAUUUAUACUCUUUUUGCUCCUUUUUAUUUUGCACCACUUUCAUUUUACUUUGCCUUAUUGCACUUUUUUAGGAAUGGUUUUACUUUUAUUCUUUUAAUUUCAUUCACAAACUUAAUAUAUUCUGUUUUCAUCAUAAACACUUAUUUUUAUUUUUUAUUUAUUUUUUGUCAUAUUUUCCAGCAAGUUUAGUACUCCAUGAAACACUCAUUUUAUCCCUCUUAAUUUGUUUUAUUUUCUUGUUCCAAUGAGUUUAUUAUAUCAUGAAUUUAUAUUUUCCCUCUUGAUUUCAUUUAGGAACCCAUAUUAUCUCUUCAUUAUAUUGAUCUCAAUUUAAUUAAUAUUCUAUCAAAAAUAAUUAAAUGUAAUAAAAUAAAUGAAAAUGAGUAUUAUUGGUUGUUAUACUAUCUAAUAGUAGUAUAAUGUUUAGAACUGAGAAGGAGAUGACCAUAUCUCUCGCCUUGACGACAGUUGGGUUGGGUCGACGCAUUAUUGUAAAUGGCCCCACUUCCAAUACAUCUCACCGCCCAUCUUAUAUGAAAAAUCUUUUUCCUUUCCACUUUAUUUUUUUUUAUAUA